CAACUCUGCAAAUGGAAGGUGGAAGUGUCAUUGAGCAAAUAUUGCUUAAUACAUAAAUGGCAGAAAAUGCCUUAACUGUGUUGAACAAGCUUGUCUUGUUUUGUUUGCUUCUAAUUCAGGUUUCCGUUGCUGAAAUCAUUUUUGAAGAGCGCUUUGAUGAUGGAUGGCAAAGUCGCUGGGUGAAAUCAGACUGGAAAAGCAGUGAAGGAAAAGCUGGUUCAUUCAAGCACACGGCUGGAAAAUGGGCUGGAGAUCCAGAUGAUAAAGGUAUCCAAACAUCUACUGAUGCCAAACACUUUGCUAUCUCUGCAAAGAUACCAGAAUUCAGCAACAAGAACAGAACAUUGGUCCUUCAGUAUUCUGUAAAAUUUGAGCAAGAAAUUGAGUGUGGUGGAGGUUACAUAAAGCUCCUCUCUGGAUUUGUGAAUCAAAAGAAGUUCGGUGGGGAUACGCCUUACAGUGUAAUGUUUGGACCAGACUUGUGUGGCACAGAUGUAAAGAAGCUCCAUCUCAUACUCUCCUACCAAGGUCAAAAUUACCCCGUAAAGAAGGACCUGCAAUGUGAAACUGACAAGCUAACUCACUUCUACACAUUCAUUCUAAGGCCAGAUGCCUCAUAUAGUGUCCUGGUUGAUAAUAGAGAGCGAGAUUCCGGAAGCAUGUAUACAGAUUGGGACAUUCUUCCUCCGCGAAAAAUCAAAGAUGUCAAGGCGAAAAAGCCUGCAGAUUGGGAUGACAAAGAAUACAUUGAAGACCCUAAUGAUGUCAAACCUAAGGGCUAUGAUUCAAUCCCAGCUGAAAUUCCUGACCCAAAUGCUAAAGAGCCUGAUAGUUGGGAUGAAGAUGAAGAUGGAAUAUGGAAAGCACCAAAGAUACCAAAUCCUGCAUACAAAGGACCGUGGAAAAGAAAGAAAAUCAAGAACCCUAACUACAAAGGGAAGUGGAAAGUCCAAUGGAAAGAUAAUCCAGAGUUUGAAGAUGACCCUGAUCUUUAUGUGCUUAAGCCUAUCAAGUAUGUUGGCAUCGAAGUUUGGCAGGUUAAAGGCGGUUCAGUUUUUGACAACUUUUUGAUUUGUGAUGAUCCUGAUUAUGCAAGAGAAGUUGUUGAUGAAGUUUUUGCCAACAGGGAGAUUGAAAAGGAGGCUUUUGAGGAAGAAGAGAAAAUUAGAAAAGCUAAAGAGGAGGAGGAGGCUCAAAGAGCAAGAGAAGAAGGUGAGAGGAGGAGGAAAGAGAGAGGCCAUGACCGACAUCACAGGGACAGACACAGAGACAGAUAUAGAAAGUAUCGUCGUGGUUAUGAUGAUCAUGAUGAACUAUGAUGGGAUAAAGAGUCCUUCUUUGUGAUAUGUUUUCGGGCUGGGAAGAAGUUGUUGACUGUUAUGAAUUAUGAUUAUGAUUAUGUUGAUAUUUAUGGGAUAAACGUGAACAUUGCACGGUGAAUCAAUGAAAAUUGAAAAUCAUUGGUGCCAUUGAAGUUAUUAUCCUGAUAAUCAAGUGUUUGGAUACUAAUUGGCUGUAAUGUGAACAUUUUCAUCUCAAUACUUAAUAAAAGUUUCAUCAACUUUUUGCCCGCUAA